AUGUCCAACGCCUUACGAGCCGUCGCUUUGUCCUUUCAUUCGAGGCCUCUGCCCGAGUCACUGCAGCUGAUGAUCACCUGCGUAUCAGAGGUUAACCGAUACGCGUGGCUCUGGAACGGCGACGAGGGGGGCCCGUUCUACGGCAAGGCCUGUGGCCAGUACGCACCGUCGAUGCAAACCGCUCUGCAAUGUUUUGUCACCUAUGGCGCCGAAGGCUCGGUGGAAGAAAAGCUGGCGCCCUUCACGAAGUACUGCUCGCUCUUCGCGGGCUCGCAACUGACACUCGAAGACUAUGCAGCAGCCUUGGAGAACGGGACGCGGUUUCUGCGCGACGGCGCGUCCGUGGGAUACGGCCAGCCGCUCGCGACGCCUAUUGUGCUGCCCGAGCGCACGAUGCUCGCCAACCUGAAGUAUUUCCACUACAUCUACUACAACUUUUCCGCGGCGUUCAGCUUCAGCCUGCUGAUCAACCUGGCCGUUGCGGCGGCCGUUGUAAUUGCGGCCGUUGCCAAGCACUCGCGGGCCAACGACAAGGUGACGCGCUUCGUGCGCGCCAAGCUGCUGGUGCCGUCCAUUUUCGGCACCGCGCACCACGGCGAGACCCGGACGCUGCCGUUCUACCGUGUGCUGCUGCCGACGCGUGGCGAGGCCGUGCUGCUGGCUGCCUUCCUCGCGCUCAACGUGGCGCUGGCGUGCUACAACUACCCGCUUGUCAGCACCGGGUUCGACACCAAGGCGAUGUUCCUCCUGAAGUGCGUCGCGAACCGCACCGGCGGGCUGGGCUUCGGCCUGAUCCCGCUCACGGUCCUGCUGGCGGGCAGGAACAACGCGCUCCAGUGGCUCACCGGAAUGCCCUUCUCGAGCAUGAUGUUCUUCCAUAAGUGGGCCUCGCGCACCAUGGCGCUGCACUCGCUGGCGCACGCGCUGCUGUGGUUCGUCUACGGCAUCUACGGCCAGCCGGAGCCCGUGGCUUCCAUGUUCUACGACUUCGCCUACUGGCGCUGGGGCAUCUACGCGACCCUGGCCUGCGCCGCGCUGCUCGUGCACUCGGCGCACUCCAUCAAGGCGCGCUGGUACGAGGUCUUCGUCGUGCUGCACGUGACCCUGGCCCUGCUCUUCCUGGUCGCCUGCCUGAAGCACUGCGCGGAGUUCGGCUGGCUGGGCUGGAUCUACCUUGCCCUGGGCAUCUGGGGCUCGGACCGCGCGCUGCGCCUGUGGCGCCUGUUCUUCCGCUUCGGCGGCUACACCCACGGCUACGCGCACGUGAUCUCCGCCGAGGACCACAUCUACAAGAUCGUCGUUCCGCACGUCGACUUCAGCCGCUUCCGCUUCUUCCCCGGCUGCUACGCGUUCCUGCACGUGCAGGGCCGCCGCUGGUUCUGGCAGUCGCACCCGUUCACGCUGAUGCGCGCGGGCGAAGGCCUCGAGAUCCUGCUCAAGGCCAAGGAGGGCCUGACCCGCGACCUGCUGCGCGCGCUGCCACGCGACGGCGCCAAGGUCCCGCUGCGCCUGGCCCUGGAGGGGCCCUACGGCCACGAGGCGCCGCUGCAGACCUACCGCAACGUGCUCGUGGUCUCCAGCGGCGCGGGCAUCCCGGGGCCCAUGAGCUACCUGCAGAAGCUCACGCUGGCGCCCGGUCACGUGCGCCGCUUCGCCUUUGUGUGGGCCGUGCCCACGGAGGGCCUGCUGGAGUCCAUGCACGGCUCGCUGCUGGCCGCCGCGGAGCACGUGCGCGCCGCGGCCGCGACCACGUGCUUCGAGCUGCGCAUCCACGUGACGCGCCCGCGGCCCGGCGCCCAGCGUCCCGCCUGGGUGCCUGCCGAGUUCGUCGUCUCCUACGGCAGACCCCGCGUCCACGAAAUUGUGCGCCGCUUCUGCGACGCGGCCGACGGCCCCAUCGCCGUGACUUCGUGCGCCAACCCGGCGCUCGACGAUCUCGUGCGCCGCUACGUCUCCGAGCAGAUUGCGCGCAGCGCCCACCGCGUCGACUACUACGACGAGCUGCAGGUGUGGUGA